AUGGAUGCUAUUGUACAACACAUCUUUGGUGAUAUACCUUUAGUGACAAAAAUAUGGACUAUUGGCUGUUUAAUAGAAUCUAUUAUGAUUAAAGCAGGUGCAAUGGAUAGGAUGAAAUUAUUGUAUAGUUUUGAUCUUGUUUUCAAAAAGGGCCAAUUCGAAAGAAUUAUUUUUUCAUUAUUUGACUAUGGUGAUUUUGCAAUAUCAUCAUUGGUGAACUUGUAUUUUAGUACUUUACAAUUAUCAGAUUUAGAAAAUUCGUUCAAUAAUAUUAGAAGAUAUCUAUGGGUCACUUUCUUGAUGACGUUAAUGAUAAUAUAUAUGACAAUAUUUACUCCGCCGGUUUAUUCCUUAGGCACAAUAUUACAUGAUAAUUUAACUUAUUAUCAAUUACAAAAGAAUGGAAAUAGAUUAAAUUUACAACUAUUAGGUGGCAUUAACAUUUCACCAAUGUUAAUACCUUUAUACACCAAUAUGAUAAUGUAUUUUGCUUAUGACAAAAGUUUAGCACAGGUUACAAUGAUGUUUUUACCAGGCCAUAUUGUAUAUUAUACCGAUUGUGUUUUGAGUAAAUUAUAUGAUAUAGAUUUAUUAAAGACUCCAUAUGAUUGGUGGCAACUGGUACACACCACAACUGAAACUACAAGAGUUGAUAAUACUACUGGAGAAACCGAAAAUGAUUAA